CCCGGCGUUGUCGGUGACAAUCACAGAAGAAGAUUCCACCGGAAUCGUUUGAAUGGAAGCUUGUGUUUCGUGUUUUGUUCGCAAAAGGGUUACGUUUUAAGUUUGAUUCUGUGAAACAUGUCAGGAAUACCUCCAGAUACAUGGCAGCCACCCACUGUUGCUCUAGAAACAACAAUGGGGACCGUGGUGUUGGAGUUGUACUGGAAUCAUGCCCCGAGAACCUGCAAAAACUUCGCCGAAUUGUCCAGACGGGGCUACUAUAACGACACCAAAUUCCACAGAAUAAUCAAGGACUUCAUGGUACAGGGCGGAGAUCCCACGGGAACCGGACGUGGUGGGGCAUCCAUAUAUGGUAAACAGUUUGAAGACGAGAUCCACCCAGAACUCAAAUUCACAGGUGCUGGUAUUUUGGCAAUGGCAAAUGCGGGGCCCGACACAAAUGGCAGCCAGUUCUUCCUCAGUCUCAAACCCACUCAGUGGCUGGAUGGAAAACAUACUAUUUUUGGGAGGGUGUGCCAGGGGAUUGGUGUUCUGAACCGGAUUGGGCUGGUGGAGACCAAUAAUCAAGAUCGGCCGGUGGAUGACAUCAGGAUCCUGAGAGCGACUGUUGCGAAUUGAACACUGAUGUCUACGUUUUUUUACUGAGAUUUCUUUUUAAAUA